AUGAUUCUGCUGCUGAAGUCCCGUGUAACAUCCAUCAAUCAGUUUUCUUCAGACGGUUUAUGCUUUGCCGACCAUGACUGUGCCGGAUAUCCGUUAGCUUACUGUGAUGGGGUUUGCCGAUGUUCUGACGGUGCACUAAAUGCUGGCACCACGUGUAUUCCAUCACCACAAAAAGCUGGUACACCCGCUGCUUGUCCAACCAAUCAGAUUUACGUACAAGAGGCAGACGCCUGCCUGACAAUACAACGACCUGGUGAACCUUGUCAAUAUUCACAACAGUGUAGCGGUGCGGAACCAGGAGCAUUUUGUUCUAAACUUCGAUGUGAAUGUGUUUAUGGCAUGAAAAAUAGUGAAGGAGAAUGCGUCUUUUUAGACAGUAAUUGCACCAAAAGAGGUUACACGUGGAUACCAGAACUGGGAGACUGCAAGGAAGUGAUAUCACCCGGAUCAUCUGGCUGCAGUCAUUCUGCUCAAUGCUCAGCAGCAUUUGACAAUACUUUUUGCCUAAACCAAAAAUGUAUGUGUCCAGAAGACUUGGUACCUAUAGAUGGUACUUGUGGAAAAAAGUGCUCAGACGACGAAGUAUAUUCCGGGAUCGCUGGGCAGUGUUUACCAACUGUUGAACCGGGAGAAAAAUGUAUAUAUUCUACCCAGUGUCAUGGAAAACAUCCUGGCUUAAUUUGCAGUCGAGGUAGAUGUAAGUGCUCAAAUAAUCAGCUAUUCACCGGGACAGUUUGCGCUAACGCCUGUCCAGCAGGUUAUAUGGUUGGUGCAGAUAGAAUAUGCAAACUAGGCUGCGUCGCAAACCAAAUCGAAUACAACGGUGAAUGUUUUGAUUAUGUAGCAAUAGGGCAAAGUUGUUCUUUGGAUGCACAAUGUCUCGGUGGUUCAAGUUGCAUUAGUGGUGUAUGUACGUGUCCGCCUUCGAUGGAACCGAAGCUUGGGGUGUGUCACAGAAAAAAAGUGGGGCCGAGUAAGUCAUGCGCACUAGGUGAAAUAUGUGUCGGAGAAUCCUACUGCUCAAAUGGCACCUGUAUUUGUCCAAUUGGUACUUCAAUCAUCAACGAACAAUGUGUUACGCCAGUGAUAGUUCCUCCUAAUUCGCCUUGUAAUCCAUCUGUUCAAUGCGGCGGGGGUUCUCGGUGCAUUGCUAAUGUCUGUCAAUGCCCUGCAUCUCAGAAACCUAUCAAUGAAGUAUGCCAGAAACUACCUGCAGCACCAAUUGGAGGAUCUUGCGCAGAUAAUUCGGGACUUUGCAAAGGUAAUUCACAGUGCGUUAAUGAAGUUUGCGAAUGUCCAUUUGGAACUGUAGAAGAUGAUGAAGAAUGUAAGCCCUUAAGAAGGUCUCCCAUUGGUGGUCCCUGCUCAGCCUCACUGCUAUGUACAAACCCAUCAGUAUGUGUUAACAAGAUUUGUCAAUGUCCUACGGGGAUGUAUCUGGAGGAAGGUCGCUGUCGUUCGCUAACUACAGCUGGUCCGGGAUUCAGCUGUGCAAAUGGUGAGAAAUGCUCUGGUGGCUCAAACUGCGAGGGCGGGAUAUGCACUUGUCCAUCUAAUGCCGAAAUCAUCAAUGGGAUUUGUCAGAGCAUUAAGUUAGGUAGACCUGGUGAAAGUUGUGACAUUGAUGACGACUGUACUGGAGGUUCCUUCUGUGUCAGAAAUAUCUGUAAAUGUCUACCAGGCACGGUGGCUGCAUCUGGAAACUGUGUAUCUACUUACGGAAAUCUUGGACCUUGUUUAAAAUCUGCAGAUUGUACUGGUGGAAGUUUUUGUGACCGACAUCAAGGUCUCUGCAUUUGUCCAGACAAUCACAUUAUUAUUGAGAAUCGUUGCAUGUCCAGUUAUAAACUUCGAAGAACUGGAUUAGUAGUUGCUGGAUACUGCUCUAGUAACGAAGACUGUAAAGGUGGUUCUCGGUGUGUCAACAAAAGAUGUCGGUGUCCAAAUGGCGAAAUCCUCUACAGUGGAAGUUGUUCAACUACCACCGCUUUGCCAGGUGAAUCUUGCGUAGACGGGGAGCAGUGCAUUAGUAACUCCCGUUGUGUUGAUGGAGUCUGUGUUUGCCCAACUGGAAUGAUGGUUAUGGCUGGACACUGUGUAGAAAAUCGCACUCAAAAUAACGCAAAUCUGAAUGAUCAAUGCUUCAAUAAGACUGAGUGCCUUGGUGGUUCUUUUUGUCACGAAAUUAGUAAAAUGUGUGUAUGUCCGCCAGGUACAAUCAGAAGUGGAAAAAACUGUCGUCAAAUCUUUCGAUCACCACCGGGAUUUCCUUGUGGAAGCGGACAAGAGUGCAUUGGCGGCUCAUUUUGCAUCCAAAAUACUUGUGUUUGUCAGAAAAAUUAUCUUCGUGAAAACAGGAGGUGCAUUCCGAAGUUGAAAGCUGGUCCAUACGGAACCUGUGCAAGAGGUCAGUUGUGUACUGGUAACUCAGAAUGCGAUUCCUUCUCGAGAAUUUGCAAAUGUUUACCCGGUUAUGAAAUGGUCACUGUUAACUCUGCAAAAACUUGCGAAGCGAUCAUUCUGGCUGGGCCUGGAGAUUCCUGCAUUAAAAAAACUGAACAUUGUGUUAAUGGUUCUUACUGUAUUGAUGGAACAUGUCAAUGUAUCCAUAAAAAGAAUUUGACUACAGGAGACUGUACCUACAUUACACAAGCUGCACCUGGUGAAGGGUGUUCCAAUGGAGAACAGUGUGUCGGCGGAUCUUCAUGUAUUGACGGAAUAUGCACAUGUCCGGAAGAAUACAGCAUUGUUGGCCGAGAGUGCAGAAAACAAAUAUUAGAAUUAUCUAAAAAACCUUGUGUAGCGUCUAAUCAAUGUACGUCUGGCGCUGAAUGUAUCAAUAACUUUUGUGAAUGCUCACCUGGUACAAGAAUGUCUCGUGUCGGUCUUUGUAUUCCAAUUACGCAAGGUCCUCGUAGAAAAAGAGCUGACCCACUUAUGCAUGAAAUGGAAUCCUCUAAUCCAAAGAACCGCGGUUUGGGCGAUCACUGUAAUUCUGAACAACCGAGCAAGUGCGAAGGAAAUGGAAUCUGUAUUGAUGAAAUUUGUGUUUGCUCGCCAAACGAUGUACGGAAUGGUACAGAAUGCAUCAGCAGGGCAAAAGUUUAUGUUCGCAUUAGAGAGGUAAACGACCCAUGCGUUGAUGAACAGCUUUGUAACGGUGGAUCUAAAUGUAUCGAAAAUGUCUGUACUUGUCCGUCUGGAACCGAACUAGCAAAUGGAUUUUGUAUCACUGUUUACGCUGAAGUCGGUGAUGGGUGCAGAAAUGGUGAAAAGUGCAAAGGGCGUGCGAUUUGUAAAAAUGGUAAAUGUGUUUGUGGUGAAGAGGCUGAAUUAAAAGACGGGAAAUGUUAUUCAAAAAGAUUUCACGCCAAAUCUCCAGGAAUUGGGUGCUUUUACGAUCCCACAGUUUGUCCAGUUGGGACAUACUGUCUAAACGGUGUUUGCGUCUGCCCGGCUAACAACCGAGGUCCAGAUGGAGGAUGCAUUGCGAUAAACGCAAAUUUAUAUCCAAACUAUGGUAUACCAUUGCUUGGAGGUCUAAAUAAUAUGAUUUUACCAAACAAUAUCGGACCUUUGAUUAAUGGAAAUCAAAAUAUUAAUUACCCAGGAAAUAUGCUUGGUUUGCCCAUUAAUGAAGGGCUGUUGUCAGUUUUGGGAGCCAGUGCUAUCAGUCCAGGUCUUUUAAGUGGGGGACUAUCUUCUUUGACCAGAGGAGUUAACCCCAGUUUACUUGCCGCACUGCUUGGUCUGAAUAAUGGAGGUCUUAGCAACAUACAGUUAGUCGGUCCUGGAUCACCUUGUCAAAUAAGUGAUCAGAACGUUCAAUGUGGUGGUAAUUCAAUAUGUGCUAAUGGUUUCUGCACGUGUCCUGGCGGUGAACAAAUUGUCAACGGUGUCUGUGAAAGCAGAGACACAGAAGCUUCACCUGGUGAAUCUUGUCAACUUGGUAUUACUCGAUGCACCGGCGGUUCUCUUUGUUUGCUUGGAAUUUGUACGUGUCCAGUGAAUCAAGCGGCACUAGAUGGAAUUUGUACCCCAGUACUAAGUGUCGAAGUACUACCAAAUGAUCCAUGUACCACGAAUUCUGUCUGUGUGGGUCAGUCGUCUUGUAUCGAUGGUAUAUGCACUUGCGCUCCUGGAUUUUUCGCUCCGCCAGGAGCAGCGUUUUGUACCCCAGUGCAACAACCCAUGCCACUCCUAAAUUCAGAUGUAAUGAUCAGACAACCUGUCGGACGAGUAUUAGUUAGUGCGCCAGGACAGAGAUGCCAAAAUAACGGUGCAGCAGCAGCAUGCAGCGGAGGAGCAAUAUGUGUAAACCAAAUCUGUAUUUGCCCGUCAAACCGUGUUAUUUCAAAUGGCCAGUGUGUUCCUUUUUUAGGAGAAGUGGCGGCUGGGGAAUCUUGCUCAGUUAGCGGUACUGUCUGCGGAGGAGGUUCGACUUGUGCUAAUGGUAUAUGCACUUGUGCUCCAGGUGCUGCUCCUCAAAAUGGCCAAUGUCUUCCACUGCUUUCGGUUACUGUGAAGACUUUACCAAUUUUGGAACCAGGAGCAUCCUGCACAGUCCUCUGCAAUGACUGUCCCCAGUGCGGUGGUGGAUCAGUUUGUGUCGGAGGAAUCUGUAAAUGUCCGCUCGGCCAAUUCGAUUUUCGUUCGCAGUGCAUAAAAGUGGUACCACAACUGCCUUCGGUUCGUAAAUCCGUCCCUGCACCAUCUCCAGUCGUUGGUGUUGCUAACCCAGCAGCUGAUCCAGCGAUACGAAUGGUUAAACCGGGAGAUCAGUGUAACACAUCGAAUAUUUGUGGCGGAGGUUCGUCGUGUGUAAUUGGCAAAUGCGUCUGUCCACCCGGCUAUGUCCCAAAUGCAAACAGAGACAGCUGUAUGAAUAGCUUGCUGAAGCCAGGCGAAACAGUUGCUGGGGUGAAUCCUGGUGAAGAAUGCAGCCUGACUGCGGUAUGUGGAGGUGGUGCUAAUUGUGUACAACAAGUGUGUACAUGUCCUUCUAAUAUGUAUCCUCUGAAUAACAUUUGUACUGUUCGAUCGGUUCCAAAACACCUGUAUCCUGGAUCAGCCUGCGCGACAAUAGAUAUCUGCCUACUGAAUUCCGAGUGUAGUCGCGGGUUUUGCGUCUGCCCAGCUGGUUAUGGAACUAAUAAAAAAGGGUACUGUGUUGAAGCUUUCUCACCCAGUAUUGUCACAGGUCUUGCUGGUUCUCAAUGCGGUACCAAUGGACUAUCGUGUCUAUCUCCGUUACAGUGUAGCAGCUGGGGAAGAUGUAUUUGUCCCGGUGCCACAGAAGGGAAUGGGCUAGGCUAUUGCUUUUCUAAUCAACAAUUUAAUGUUCCACUUGCCUUUUCGUCAUAUAAGAGGAAGUGCAAUUCUUCUGCGGAUUGUGAGGAGAACAUUCCUUGCUCAAACGGAAUAUGUACCUGCGACGAAGGCACGGUCUUCCGAAAAGGUCGUUGCGUGCUAGGUCUUUUAUUUUAUCAGUUACUCGCUACUUUAGCUUCUGACUCGUCUACAUGUAAGGAAUCAAACGAUUGUAAGUCGGGUCUGAUAUGCAUAAACAAGAGGUGUUCUUGCCCACAAGGAAUGUUUGAAUCUGCUACAGGCAAUUGUGUUUAUAAGCAGAGCUCUGUUCCUCCUGGUUCUUGGUGCAACGAGGAUUCUGGUGUCAUAUGUAAUGGUGGUUCCAAGUGUUACCAUAAUUCGUGCGUUUGUCCUUACGGUCAUGUAAUUAAUGCACUAGAAUGUGUUCCCGCACCUAGUGUUAAAGCUGGUGGAUCCUGCAUGAAUGGAGAGUUAUGUGUUGGUGGUUCCAUUUGUCGACAAGGGAAAUGCACUUGUCCGUCUGGCAGUACAGUAGAAGGUCGCCCGUGUUCAAACCGUUUUUCAAGAUCUAUUGUUUCUUUAACAGGUAGAAACGAGGUACAUGUUGACGGCAAUUUGGACAGGACAUCAAAUUUACAGCCUUGUCCUUUGGAAAAUACUUGUCUACUGCCAAAAUGUUACUGUUCUAGAACAGAAAAUGAAAUACCGGGGAAUCUGUCUCCUAAGGAUGUACCGCAAAUGGUGGUAGUUACAUUCAACGGCCGGUUUUCUGAUGAAGUAGCAGAAAUUGUCAAACUGUUCUUCGGUGGUCGUUAUAGGAAUCCAAAUGGAUGUCCUAUUACAGCAACCUUUUUUGCAACUCAUAACAAAAGUAAUUAUGAUCAUUGGCAAUGGUUGGCUUCACGAAAGAAUGAAAUUGGAAUCAAUUCGUUUACGUAUGCCUUUUUUUAUUUGAGGCACAAUGGAACAAGUUUGAAAGAAGCAUCAGAAAACAAAUGGGAAAAAGAACUGUCUGGCAUGCGUACUGUUUUGGAACGCUUUAGCCUCUUGUCCUCGAAAAAUAUAAACGGAAUUCGUGCACCGUUUUUGGAACUAGGUGGCAAUAAUCAGUUUAAAAUAUUGAAGAAAUUACACUUCCUUUAUGAUAGCUCAGCGAUUGCUGCCAAUGGAUCUUUUUGGCCUCAAACACUUGACUAUAAACCUCCGUGGAAAUGCUUCAACAGUAAAUGCCCGGAAACUUCGUAUCCAGGUAUCUGGGAGGUUCCUGUCACCGAAUUAACCCUUAACAAUUCUUCUUCAGAAAAAGUUACCUUUGAAGAAGCUGUGAGGAAAAUCCACUCAUCUGACACACUUGGUACACUGUUAUACAAUAACCUUCUAAGGAACUAUAACUAUAACAGAGCACCAUUUGUUUUGUCAAUUGAUACCGAUUUAUUAGUAAAGUUUGUUAAUACCACAGUUGCUGCGCUGGAGUCAUUCAUCGUCAGUGUAAGGUUUUUUUCCUACAUAGUUUACAUUUCUGCUAUUAAGGCUUUAAGCAGUUCGGAUGUUUAUAUUGUGUCUGCAGCUCAGUCUCUUAAAUGGUUACAGCAACCCACUGAUCUUUUGAAAAUUCACAAUUUUAGACCUUGGAAAUGCCCGUUGGAAUAUAAUUCAUUAAAUUCCCUAUGCAAGAAUCCUUCAGUAUGCACAUUUAUUUGUGAACGUGGAAAAUCUGAGUCAUUUCGUGUCUGUGGCAAAUGUCCGCGAACGUACCCAACGCUAGAAAAUUUGGUGUGA